GCUGGAAGAUUGAAGAUGAGCAACUUUCUCCCGACUUUCUCUCACUCUAAUUUUGCAUCUUGUGUAAUAUAGACGCUUUUUCUUUAAGCAGGACCAGUCCCUCCAUAAAUAAAUCAGCGACAAUCAGCGAAAACUUGCAGUUUUUUUCUGCGACUAAAGAAAGUCUGAAAAUGUUGUCAACUUUGUAACAAGGCCGAAGAGUGGUAAUUUAGUUAAGUUUUUUUAAAUAAGAAGAAAUGUGUGGCUGUUUUGAUAUUUUUGAUUUCGUGUGUUUCUUCACGUUCUUCGUUACGGCUAUCGUUGCUCUACUCUUUGUCCAAUACUUUUUUGUAUACUUGGAUUUCGAAAGUGAUGAGAAAACUAGAACGAUACAUUUUGGAAGAUGCGUAUAUUUUCUGAUCCUGACUUUUCUUGGAUGCCUCGUUUUUGCGGGGGUGCAACGGAGAUCCAUCUGCCUGUUGAAGUGGCCGAGUCGAUUUCUCGUGUCCCUGAUCACGCUGGGAUUAAUGUUCCUGACCAGCUUUCUCUGGAUCCUGGACCGUCUUCAUAAACAAAGUGUUCGAGAUUUGGAACUGAAAACGGUGAAGUUGGGUCUCGUCAUCGUCCUCGUGCUGGUUUACCUCGCGGGGGUCGAGAAGCUCAUCAAUCUGAUCGAAAAUUCUGAAAAUAAUGCCAAUUUUGUCCACGAUCCGCCCCCAAAUUCCAGUUUGGUGGAGGCGUAUCGUUCGGAAAAGCUCAAGACUGCAGGUGCUGCUGGUGGGGCGGAUAAGCGACAAUUUAACGCGGAUAAGAACGGGGUCAAUUAUUAUAAGUUGUUGUUAGAGGGGUCAACAAAUGGGGGGAAAAGUAGUAGUAAAAAUGGUAGUUUGUACAGUUUAGCGAGUUGUGCUAGGAGUGAUGGGACGAUUUCGGAGGUUUGAAAAGUUGGAAAAUUUGAAAAUAUUUCGGGUAGGUUUUGAACAUAAAAAUUUCCAAAAUCAGUACGAAAUGAUGCUGGGUUUUACAUAUAACAUCUUCGAAAAGUGGUAAAUGCGAUGGAAUAAUUUAGCAGGUCUGAAAUUGAAAAUUUGGGUAUAGAUUUCGUCCAUAAAAAAGUUUCCAAAAUGGCUUUUACCUCAAUCUUGAAAAUUUUACAACUCGACAGCAUCAUUCUAAGAACGGAGGUGUCCCACCGUAUGCUCUCUGAUUUUGACGAAAUUAGUAUCAAUCGAUCAGAACUUUAAUUGGUAUGAAAUUAGCAGAAAAACACGAUCUCCGAAUGGGCACAUUUGGCCGAGAUAUUUGCAUCCGAAUAGGAAAAAAACUCGUCCUAAAGUCAACAAAUUUUACACUUUCUUCAUUUACUGGGCGUUUUCUCCUCUUUGGAUGCAAAUAUCUCGGCCAAACGUGGCCAUUGGGAGGUCGUGUCUUUCGCAAAUUUCAUCCUAACUAAAUUUGUGCCCGAUUGACACUAAUUUGCCCAAAAUCGGAGAGCAUGCACUGAGACACCUCUAUUAUAAGCUGCUGAAAAAUGCGAAAGUUUAACAAUCCAUUUGAAGAAUUUAAAAAUUUCGAGAUUCGGAUUUCGUCCAUCAAAAUUUCAUGGUGCUCUGGCUUUUUACCUCAUCCUUGGAACAUUGUCGCUUAAAAAAAUUACCAAAAAAUGUACUAACCUGAUUUUAGUCGUGUUCAAAAAUUGUAUGAAAUACUUAAGUAAUUAUGAAACAAUAUGCGCUUUUCCAAUUGCCAAUGUACAAA